AUGUCUGCUACUAAUGCUACCACCGAUGCAUCCGAUGCCGUCACCGUUGACAGCACUAACACCAACACUCCUGUUGACGCCAAACAAGAAGCUCUCAAGAAAAUAGCUGCCGAGAAAGAGGCCAAGCGUAUUGAACAGGUUGCCGUACAGCGGCGGAAGUCCGAAAUGGCUAAGAACAAGGCUACGCAAGAGUUGGCAUCUAAGGGCAAGAACGCGAUCCUCAAAGCCCAAGCUAGCCGGCCUACACGUCGACCUGCGAAGAAGAACCGGAAGCCGCUUCCACCUCCUGUCAAUCGGACUCACGACAUUGAAGCAACAGUGGAGAAGACGAAAGCUAGCGCUGAAGAGAAACGUCUUGCUCCUCUGCGGAUAGUGCGCCCAAGCUACAGCUACAGCGACAUCGUCGAGCAGCGCGUUGUUGACGGCGUCGUUGAGCGCAUCAUUCAUACCAAACAUUCUGCGCAUGAGCCUUGCUCCGCCCACGUUCACGGCGACGGCAUUGAGCAGCGCAUGCCCGACAGCGUCCCUGAACCUGCCUUCCAGUCCACCGAUGCGCCCAAGACUGCCCAGUCUGACACCGACGUUGAGUCAGAUAAGGUCACGGAACCUGAUACUGAGUCAGACGAAGACGCUCCCCAAUUAGUUCAAGAGCUUGCCUCUCCUGAGCAGGUCACUGAAGACAAUGACGACUCCUCCGAAGCUGCUGGCAUUACUGCACUACCCCACAUCUAUGUCACUGCUCCGACAGAUGAUGCGGAUGAGGAGCCUUCGAUGACUGAAGAUCUGGCUGAGGCAACUGACACGUCGUCCGAGCCGACCAAGGUGACUGGCGAUGAAAAGUCGACUUGUAGCCCUUCGGCGAUUCUGUCGAUGCCCAACUCGGCUCUUUACCCUUCGCGCCUAUCCCGCGACGAAGAAGCUAAGUUGGUCGCCAUGCACGUUACUCCCAUUGUACUGCCGGUCGCUGAAGCCAAGCAGCAGAAGCUUAGCAAGGCUCAGAAGAAGGCCGCUAAGACAUCUGAGGCACCUAAGGAGAUGGCCACGACGAAGUCCGAUGUGGUUCAAAAGCUUCCCGAGCCCGACUCUACGGAGACUGCGAUGGAUACUGUCGACCCAAUUGUCAUAGCAGAAGAACACACAUACGUCGCGACACUUCUUGCGAGGCCCAAUGGCUCUGGUGUGGCCACAGAGUCUCGUGAUCUCCAUGGAAGGCUAGUUGCGCUUCAUGUCGCUCCUCUCCUGCUGCCGGUUACUGCACCCAAGCAGCAGAAGACCAACCGGAAAGCUACCAAAGCCGACCUCCAGAUAUCCACUCCGGUUGAGAAGAAGAAGCCUGAUUUUGUCGCCUCUCUUCUUUCCAAGCCUAACGGCCCAGGUGAGACCCAGGAGGCGCGCGACUUGCAUGAGAGACUGGCUGCCCUUCAUAUCACUCCUCUCUCGCUGCCGGUCAUUGCGCCCAAGCAGCAAAGGACCUCAAAGACCAACCAGAAGGCUACUAAAGCUGGCAAGAAGAAGUCCGUCGCUACGGAGAAGAAAGAGCCUGACUUUAUCGCCUCUCUUCUCCGCAAGCCCAACGGUUCGGGUGAGACCAAAGAAACUCGCGACUUUCACAACGACCUCGUGGCUAUGCAUGUAGCGCCACCCGAAGUUCCGGUCCCCAAACAACAGGAUAAGAAUAAGAAAGCCGAGAAGGCCAACAGGUAUAUUGAGACUUGGACCGCUGACCCUGAUGCCGUUGAUCCACUGUUUCGCAGCAUGGUGCCUCCCAUUACUGAGGAGCCUAUCUCUGCUGUUGAGGAGCUGAGUACAGAGGAUGCAACGCGCGACGAGCCGUCUGUCGUCAUCGCAACUCCUACCCAUGGGUUCUGGCAAACUGUUCUUUCCAAACCCCCUACCACCGACGAAGCCACCACCGUCGAGCAAACGGUAAUCAUCCCCGACUCAUCCUCGGAGUCCGACACCAUAGAAUCAUUCAGACCCUCCAGCCACUCCUCAACCCACUCCACCCCAUCCAUCCUUCGCGCAGCCUCAAAAGCACGCACAACCCUCCUCGGCCCCGUCUCCCUAGAAACCUUCAUCACCACCCUCGACUUCGAACUCUGGGACGGCACAACGACCAAAGAAGAUAUCUGCGAGGCCUUCGCCUCCCUUUCCAGCCACCUCACUCCUACAACCGUUGGUCUGGAUACCGCUAAGAUCCAGCGGAAGAUCAAGUUGGGUAGUACGUCACUAUACGCGUUUCUGCGCCAGAUCACGUUCAUGGAGGACGACGUGACGGUUGUGGGGGAGGUGAUGAGGGUGUUUAGGAAAGCGGCGGGGGAGCAGGUGACGGCGACGAAGCUGGAGGUUGCGCUGUGGCUUGCGGAGGAGACGGAUGAGGGCAGUCAGCGAGGCAGGCGGUCAAAGCGUUCUUCUCUGGCUGGUGGGGUUUAG